AUGACUUCCGAGUUGGAUCUCUCAGCCAGCUUCAUCCCGUCUCUAUACAAGCCGGCCGCAUUGCUUCCAAUUGCAAGGCACAGACAGAGCUUAUUGUAUCUAGCCGAAACAUAUCCCGUGACCAUCGUUGUCGGACAGACAGGAAGUGGGAAAACAACACAGCUACCCCAGUAUCUUGACCAAGCAGGAUGGUGUGCAGACGGAAAAGCCAUCGCCGUGACGCAGCCCAACCUCGGGGCAGCAGAUGAAGCUGAUGCACUACAGCCGCGUCGGGUGGCAGCUACCACUGUGGCAGCUAGGGUAGCUGAAGAAAUGCGUUGCAAGCUCGGCGAAGAGGUGGGCUACUCAAUCCGUUUUGAGGACCUGACUUCGGCUUCAACAAGAAUUAAAUUCUUAACAGAUGGAAUGUUACUUAGAGAGGCCCUCGUAGAUCCUCUGCUGUCACGGUAUUCCGUAAUAAUGGUGGACGAAGCUCAUGAAAGAUCUCUCAGUACCGACAUCCUCUUGGGGAUCCUUAAGAAGAUCCUGAAAAGACGACCGGAGCUUAGGAUCGUGGUCAGUAGUGCAACCUUACAGGCCGAAGACUUUCUGCGAUUCUUUGCCGGCGAGGAAUUCGACAGCAAGGCGGAGUCCGGUGAAAUUGGUGGGAAGGUGGGAAGAAUCAUCAGCCUGGAAGGUCGCAUGUAUCCGGUGGACAUGCUCUUCCUCGAGUCUCCUGCAGAAGAGUACGUCCAACGUGCGGUCAAAACCGUGUUCGACAUUCACCUACAAGAGGCAGAAGGCGAUAUUCUAGUGUUCUUGACUGGCCGGGAGGAAAUCGAUACUACGGUCCAGUUGAUUGCCGAACGGGCUGCGACUCUGCAUCCCAAGGCGCAUGCCAUCCUGCCGCUGCCGCUCUAUUCUGGCCUCACAACGGAUCAACAAAUGUACGUUUUUGAACCAGCGCCAGAGAAUACACGUAAGGUCAUCGUGUCGACAAACAUCGCCGAGGCUUCUGUUACUAUAAACGGGAUCGUGUAUGUUGUCGAUUGUGGUUUUGCGAAGCUUAGGGCUUAUAAUCCCAACACGGGUAUAGAAACCCUGACAGCAGUGCCAAUCUCCAAGGCAGCAGCCGUCCAGCGUGCAGGUCGAGCUGGCCGAACCAAACCUGGGAAGUGUUUCCGCCUCUAUAAUCAGCAAGCAUAUGAAGAGCUCCCUGAAGCUACCGUCCCAGAGAUUCAGCGAUCCAACCUAGCACCCGUUAUCAUGCAGCUUAAGGCUCUCGGCAUCGACAAUAUCGUCAGGUUCGACUUUUUGACUUCCCCCCCCACAGAGCUGGUUAUCCGCGCCUUCGAACUUCUGUAUUCGCUGGGGGCAAUUGACGAUUAUGCCAAGCUCACCAAACCCCAGGGUAUGCGAAUGGCGGAGCUGGCAGUCGACCCCAUGAUGGCGAAGGUGCUUCUUUCGGCGCCGUCUUUCAACUGCCUGAGCGAGAUUCUGUCAAUCGCAGCCAUGGUGAGCCUUCAGGGAUCCGUAUGGGUUCAGCAUGAGGGUGAUAGGAAAUCAUCCGAGAGCCACCGCAGGAAGUUCGCUGUCGAAGAAGGCGACCAUUUAACGUAUCUUAACGUUUACCAGGCAUUUGUCACCAAGGGGAAGAAGGAUUCCAAAUGGUGUCGGGACAACCUCUUAAACUACCGAUCUCUUCAGCGGGCUGUGAGCGUAAGGGGCCAGCUCAAGCGGUACCUUGAGCGCCUUGGGAUCCAGGUCGACGAAACCCUUUCCGCUCGGCCCAGGCAAGAGGACCCAAGCAAUCUCCCAGAACAGAUUCGAAGGUGUCUUACUAUGGGCUAUUUUGCACAUGCUGCAAAGAUGCAGCCCGACGGGACGUUCAAGACCGUGAGCGGAGGCCUGACUCUCCAUGCUCAUCCCAGCUCGUUGAUGUUUAAUCGAAAAGCCGACUGGGUCAUCUUCCAUGAGAUAAUGCAAACCGGCGAGAAGACCUUCAUCCGCGACAUCACCAAGAUCGAAAAGAACUAUCUCCUGGAAUACGCCCCGAACUAUUACCAAGUCCAUUGA